AAAUGACUGUAAUCCUUUUUUAAAAAAGACUAUACUGAAAAAACCAUUUCCCAACAGACAGUCUAGGAAAAAGAGAUGGCAGAACUGUUAGGAGGAAAGGCAAUUUUAGAGAGUUUACGUACAGAUGUGUCUGACAUUCAGUGGGCCAUAAAUGGAAUCCUCUCCCGGACAGGACCUGUUACUGUCACGUCCUGGAAGUUUCCUGAUAAACAGAGUGCUGAUCUGAAUGUCGAGGAACUUUUAGAUUUAUACAGUUAUAGUGAAGAUGCUGAGGAUAAUCAAGUGGCCCACAUAGCCCUGUAUGAACUAGUCAUUGACAGAUUUGUGUUCCUGCUCCAGACCCUGUCCACUCUGACUCAGCAGAUGUUGGUCAGGGCAGGGGAGGACAUCACUGACCAGAGGACCUCUUCUAUUGGUCUAGUGGUCAAACAGUUCUGUAACAGACAAGUACAGCUCAACACAGUUGUUCAACAAACCAUGUCUGAUAUAAAAACAAAGUCCAGAGAGAUGAUGGACUUGGAGAACAACAUGAGGAAGAUGUCGGAGGAAUUAUCUAAACAGAGUGAAACAAGCUCCCAGAGUACACAACCUUAUCACUUUAGUCCUCACAAGGUGGGAUCCGCCAUGACAGGGUUUGUCACACCAAGUCAGAUGGAGAACAUAGCUCGGGACGCCUGCACCAAGUCAUGUCAGACAGUAGAAACUGCAUUUGUUCCUUGUGAGGGGUGUCAUGUUGUACAGAAAAACUUCAGAAAUGCUGGAGAUGUUAUCAUAAACAUGUGUCAAUCUCAGAAACUGCCCUCCUCCUUACAGAAGUACCGCCCUCUGGUGUCCGAGGUGAAAUGGUUGUCUCCCAAUGAUGUGAUAAGAUGGGCUACAGAGCAAGCUAAAGAUCUGGGUCGCAUCAACAAACAUAUGGAAAAUCUAAUGGCAACGAUUAAUCCCCUGAAAGAGGAGCUGGAAAAUUGUGAACAAAAGUGUAAGAAACUGGAGAGAAGAGUGGCAAAUUUUGAUGCCGAGAUGAGAAAGGAGAGGGAAAUCCAGACAACACUGCAGAAACAGUUUGAUGUGAAGUUAACGGACAUUGAGACUGAACAUAAACACACUGUGUCUCUAGUGACUAAACAAAUGGAGGAGGUCAAGUCUAAUAAAGAAUCUAUAGAAAAACAGCUCACAAAGUAUAAAGCAGAUUUAGAAUCACAACAAAGACUUCUAACAGAAUUGGAAGAUACCAAGAAAGCCUUAGUUGAUGAGCUAAAAGUAAAGCAUGCGGACUCCACAGAAAUUGAGAGACUACAGCGUCACCUGGACAGUGUUCAGAGUCAACUACAGGAAGUAGAGGAAAAGCUGGAACGAUCAGCAAAGGAACUGUCUAAGGAGCAGGCUAAAAAUAAAAGUGCUGCCAAACAUAAUCAAAGUCUGCAGACAAAGCAGAGUUCCUUAUUACAAAGGAUAGAUGACCUUGAUCAAGAAAACAGAGAAUUAAAUAACCAAGUGACAGAGCUAGAGGAGGAAAAGGAGAGGAUAGAGGAAACUCUGGAGAAAGUACAGAAAAAUGUCCAGCAUUACAAACAGAAAGUCAAGGACAACCAGGCUUUAAUUGAUGAACUGAGUUCACAGAAGGAAGAACUUGAGGGCUCUAUAGAAACCCUGAAAUCAGACAUACAGCACCUGGAGAGUAAGCUGGAGGAAGCCGUGGAGCGUGAGAAACUCAUGAUAGAGUAUCCGGACCUAAAUGGGCCAGUGAAUCCAGGCAUGAAAGGUACUGGGGACAUUGUGACUGACAUGGAGAAUCAGGUCAAGGCCAACACAAUCCGGAUCCAGAUCCUGGAGGAGCAGAAUGAGACACUGAGGAACUCUGUUGGCAAAGUCCUCGGCAUGCAGCAGGGCAGGAGUCCUCCAAAAAUAGCAUGGGAAAAUACUGGUCCGAUGCACUUGUGGACAGAUGAAAACUUGGAGAAUGCCAAACAAGAAGAUAAAAAUAUGAAGAAAAAUAUAUGGAUUCCAGACAGUUCUUAUCAUGAGAACCAUAAUAGCAAUGCCAGACCUGAACAUGAAGAGAGACCAAGAACCAAAUCUUCAGGAAAACCAAGAUCCUCGGGGUCAACAUAUGGGAACCCAGUGUCUGAUGAGUUCAUUGUUGGGAGAGGCAGCAGACCUUCCAGUGCUGUGAAGAAAACGGAACGACCUGCCAGUGGUAAAAAGAUGGUAACAGCUCCCGUCAAUGCCACCAGCAUCAGUGCUUAUAUCCAGCUAAAGAGGGCAGGAAAACUCAACAUGGAGGACCAUCCCAAAUCGGCUGUACCACCCUCAGGACGAGAGAGGAAGAAGUCACCUCAGGAGAAGCACCCCCAGUCUGCCGAUCCUCACCCUAGACAUAACAACCAUCUCUAUCAGAAGACAGAAAUGUUCUCAUGUGCUCAGUGUGACAAAAUGUAUUCAAGGGCAAGAGACUUAGAGAUACACAAAUCUUAUUGUACAGGAUGAAUUAUUUAGAAACAUAUUAGAUGCUACAGUUUUACAGGAAAUCUUACCAUGCAUACAAUGCCCAAAUCAUUUUGCAUUGUGCCAUGUAAUAGACUAUUGAAAGGGUCUGCUGUAGACUUGUAAUAGAUGAAUAUUGCCUGUACAUAAUCUUGGUCUUAGAAAUCUGCACAAGAUUUUUGCACUUUCUUUAGCAUGUUUCCUUGAAAUGCACUGAUAGCAAAAUAAUAUAUACAUGUACUCAAGGCAGUGGGAAUUUUUAAUCAAAGUGUAUCGGUACCUUUGUGUUUAGAGUACAUGGGCCUUUUUCAUCAGUGAAGAAAUAUAUAAAGCUUCACCAUUCCCUGCAAUUUUACUAUUAAUGGAAAAUUUACUGUACAGAAAGUUAAUAUUUAAUUUCUAUGUUAAAACAUACACCAUACCAAUAGCUGAGGGGAGAAAAUCUAAACUGCAGUCAGGUUAUUUAUGCACUUGCAUAUGCAUACAUACAUGCUUAUGUCAAUAUAAAACAUUCCGUCCAAAAUGGAGAAAACUCAACUCUAUAUGCCCUAAAUUAGUACAUGUAAUUGUGCUUGUUCUAUAUUUGUUGAUAUGAUUGUUAGAUAUAGUGUAAUUUAUAUGUUGCAAGGUGCUCAGU